AUGGCAAUAUCUUUAACGGGAAAAUUAGUGAUAACGUUCGUCACGUUAGCCGUAAUUGGUGGUCUGACGGCUGUGAUCGUGCUUCUUGUCACCGAAGUAGACGAGGAACCAGUCACCGUACCCACCACCACUUCGACGCAAGCGCCCCCGAUAGAUCCUGAUGCUCUCCACGUCGGUGUCGGUAUAGCGGAUAUGACGGGACCGUGCGUUGAAAUUACUUUCAUGGGCUACGCGGAGUUGGGGCAGUCUGGACAAGGAAUUCAUUUGAGGCAGUUCGCUAGGACUUUUAUCUUCGUAAAAGGGGAUACAAGAAUAGUUCUUGUGACAGCUGAAAUGUUAGCUGUAGGAUUCUCAGUAAGACGGGCGGUAGUUCAGAAUCUCCAAGAGCGCUUCGGCGAGAUGUAUUCGCUUCGAAACGUGAUCAUAACGGGCACACACACGCACAGUGGACCUGGUGGUCAUCUCGUGGAUUUCCUUCUAGACGUUUCUACUUUGGGAUUCUCCAGAGAAACUUAUGACGCUUAUGUUAAUGGUAUAACAAAUAGUAUCAUCAAUGCACAUACCAACUUAUGGCCGGCACGCUUAAUCUUUGGCAAGUCUCGCGUUGAGAACGUUCAAAUGAAUCGAUCACCUUUCUCAUACGAACAUAAUCCUUCCGAGGAGAGAGCGAGAUACGAAACAAAUUACGAUGACGAACUUACCCAAGUUCGUAUCUUGAAGAAUAAUGGUGACCUUCUGGGGGUGUUGAACUGGUUCUCGGUGCACGUCACCAGCAUGAACAUGAGCAAUCACCUUGUCUCGUCAGAUAACCUAGGGUACGCAGCUUUGAAACUUGAGGCUACGCUCAACCCUAGCAGACCUGUUGGAAGGCCCCAAAUAGUAGCGGGCUUUUUUGCAUCCAGUAUCGGUGAUGUUUCUCCAAAUACCCGAGGCGCGCGCUGUGAGUUCAGUGGUGAUGAGUGCGACAACCAGUUCCAGUUGUGUGCACUGUUCGAGAGAUGCUUCUCCACUGGACCCGGUGAGGAUAUGUUCGAGAGUACCAGGAUUAUUGGGGAGAGGAUCUAUCAGGGCGCUUUGGAAGCACUAAGUAACCCAGGAGACGAGUUGAGCGAUGACGUGGCGGUGGUGCAUCAGUUUCUGGACAUGCCUUUACAGACGGCGCCACGAUAUGAUCCCAUUUCCAGAAACUUCUUCACGAAUGAAACUGUCGGAGGUUGUGUACCCGCACUGGGUUACAGUUUUGCUUCAGGGACCACGGACGGCGCCAACAUACUGAAUAUUACACAGGGUACCCUGACCGGUAACCCGUUGUUGGACGCCAUCGGUGGCGUUGUCGCGCCCGCUACUGAUGAGGAUGUUGCCUGCCACCAGCCUAAACCCAUCCUACUCGCUACGGGCAGAGCCAAUUUCCCAGUGCCUUGGCACUCUCGUAUCAUUUCUCUAUCUGUCCUAAAUUUGGGAGGUUUCGUAGUGGCAGGUAUUCCGGGCGAACCAACUACUAUGGCGGGCAGGCGGAUUAAAGACGUAGUGGGUAAUGUACUAGUGCAGAACGGACUGGAGCCAAGAGUGGCGGUGUCUGCUCUCACUAAUGAGUAUAUCCACUACGUGUCUACGUUUGAAGAGUAUCAGAUCCAACGCUACGAAGCAGCUUCAACGCUCUUCGGCCCGCACACUCUCGAAAUAAUGCUUCACAGACUGCAGCAGUUCACGUUAGCGGCGUUACAGGGCGUCUCCGUCCCCCCUGGUCCUGAGCCUGAAGACCACAAGAGCAGCGCGAUCUCUAUCAUACUGCCCGUGGUCAUGGACAGCGCUCCACUGGGAACCAACUUCGGAGACGUCAUCGAACAACCCCCUGCCACUGUGCGACCAGGGGAAACCGUUAGCGCUCUCUUUGUGGGAGCAAACCCUAGAAAUGACUUGUUCCAAGAGUCCAGCUACUUGGAGGUCCAGCGUUUCGAAGUGGACCGGUGGGUCACCAUCGCCACUGAUUCAGAUUGGGAUACCAUUUUCUCGUGGGAGCGCGAGACCACGGUGCUGGGCAUGAGCCGCGCGCGCGUGCAGUGGCGCGCGCCGCCGGCCCCGCACUCCGCGCCGCUGCGCCUGCUGUACCGCGGCGCCGCGCGCUCCGUGCUGGGCGAGCUGCACCGCUUCACGGGAGUCUCCAGGAACUUCACCAUCGUCUAACUAAUUGGAUUUUCUCUCUAGAUGUAUAAAUAUGGUUUUUCAAACGAUAUAUAGCGUUCUCUGACGAAAAUCCUAUGGUACCACGCAAACCG